AAGCACAUUGCCUCUCGAUCUCUUCUUCCCAAUGGAGCUCCAGUUCCAGCAGCAGCCACAAAGCCAUCCCCAGCAGCAAUGCAGCUACCAGCUGCCAGUCACAAAGGAGACCAAGCCCAGCCCCAAAGUGAGAAGCAAAUGCGGUGGUGGCGGCGGCGGCAAGUUCGUGGGCGUCAGGCAGAGGCCGUCGGGGAGGUGGGUGGCCGAGAUCAAGGACACCACCCAGAAGAUACGGAUGUGGCUUGGCACGUUCGAGACCGCCGAGGAGGCGGCGCGGGCCUACGAUGAGGCCGCCUGCCUCCUCAGGGGCGCGAACACGCGCACCAACUUUGCCGCCGGCGCGCACGCCUCGUCACCGGACUCGCCGCUCGCGGCGAGGAUCCGCGGCAUCCUCAACCACAAGAAGCUGAAGAAGAACGCGUCCCCUCCUACCGUCAAUUUCUUCCCCGCGGCGUACCAUCGUGCUGGCGCCAUCGGCACAGCCGCCGCAGCUAGCAGCACGAGCACGAGCACCAUCACCACGACCACCAGCAGCAUCAGCCCUAGCAGCAGUCCUAGCUCCAGCAUCAGCUUCUCCAUGAGCAGCAAUGGCGUUCGCACUCCCAUCCUCCCUGCUCAGAGCAUAGCUGAGGAGGUCUUCAGGUCAUACAUGAUCAGCGGAAGCGAAGAGCUGCAGCUGUCCUCACAGCAGUACGAACAAUCUUGGGCACUCAACACCAGCCUGCCAUCUUCAGACGGAUGCGCCAUGGCUGACAACAAUGCUUGCUCGGCGGUCGCAGAUGCAGAGCUGGGCAAGAUCAAGCUGGAGAAGGAGUUGCUUGACACGGGCAGAGUCCCCAAUGGCGGCAUGGACAGAGUUCAGGACAAGGAGUUGUUUGACACGGGAAAUGAUCCAUCAGACUCCUUGUGGGAUCUGCCACCGAUUUGCCCUCUGUCUUGCAGGUCUUUGAUGUAUUAGACUAGACAAAGAUUUUGCAGCUUCGUAUCUCAGAGUCCCUACCUUUUGGGUC